CUCGAGCUCCUGCACAUGCGUCGUGACUUGUGAAUCUUCAGUCUGUGUCAUAGCAACUGGAGAGGACAACAUGGCAAAACCAACAACCAUAAAAGAAGCCCUUGUGAAAUGGGAGGAGAAGGCAGGAGAGAAGGUGGGGGAGGCGAAAGCAGUCAAGCUGUAUGGUCAGAUUCCUCCUAUUGAGAAGAUGGAUGCUUCUCUCUCCACCCUCAUCAACUGCGAGAAAUUGUCCCUGUCUACAAACUGCAUUGAGAAAAUUGCCAACUUGAAUGGCCUCAAAAACCUACGGAUAUUAUCACUAGGGCGGAACAACAUCAAAAAUCUAAACGGACUGGAGGCUGUUGGUGACACGCUAGAGGAACUGUGGAUUUCUUACAACCUGAUAGAGAAGCUCAAAGGAAUUCAUGUUAUGAAGAAACUCAAGGUCCUCUACAUGUCUAACAACCUGGUCAAGGAGUGGGCUGAGUUCCUGAAGCUAGCUGACCUUCCAUCCUUAGUGGACAUGGUGUUUGUUGGAAACCCUCUGGAGGAGAAAUACUCCACUGAGGGGACCUGGCUAGAAGAGGCCACCAAGAGGCUGCCCAAGCUGAAGAAACUAGAUGGGAACCCAGUGAUCAAGGCGGAUGAUGACGACGAGGGAGACAGUUAACACAUUCCAUCUCUUACAGUUUACAGAUGUUGAAUAAGCUCAUUCCACUGGUUGGGAGAUGACCUCUCAUAGAAGCACAUUGCUGAAGCUUUUACAGCUCCAUGGAUGUCAUGAAAUAAAAAGUAAUACGAAAGAGGUAGUACAGUUACAAUGUUUGAUUUCAUGUAUGUAUGUACAGUGGGGAGAACAAGUAUUUGAUACACUGACGAUUUUGCAGGUUUUCCUACUUACAAAGCAUGUAGA